AUGAGCGGUAACGACCUGAUGAUACGCAAGCCAAGCAAUUUGAAUGUGAGACAAGAGGCGGCGAGGGCAACCCUCCGAGAGGUCCGGCUCCAUGGGCAUAUCUAUGUGGAGCUGAGAGAGGUUGGCAGGCGGACCAUCUUCUUCUGUACUCUGUGUCUCACACCAUGUUACAGCGAUACCUCUCUGUUUGAUCAUCUCCGUGGUAAUCUCCAUGCCCGUCGGUAUGCUGCGGCUAAAGCUACCCUAUUUGGUCCCGUUCCCUGGCCUUUCAACGAUGGAGUUCUUUUCUUCUCCGCUACCCAUGAUCAAGAGCAGCAUUCGUCCGCUUCAAGUCCCCGGAAAUAUCUCAUAAUUUACCCUAAUGGCAGUGGCCAUGAAGUAACUUCCACUUCAAAUGGUCUCGGACGACUGGAUUGUGUUACUGCUGAUGUCAAUUUAGGUUUCGGAACGAUCUUGGGCUCUAAUGGUAGUACUUCUAGUUCAAAAGAUAUGAUUAUUUUUUCUGGAACUCCUGAUCGUGGAAAUUGUGUGACCGAAAGGGAACAAGGUCUAUCCCAGGGCUCUACAGUAAAUGGAAAUGGCCUGUCAGGUAAUGGUGACAACCUUGAUCUCAAUGGUCGAGGAGGAAAAUGUUUGAAGCUCAAAAGCUACGAGAAGUGUUUGACCAUACCUAGGGUCUUACCUGGAGAUCCAGCUUGCAUUCUGAAAGUACACUUUGCUGGAUACGGGCAUAUCGCCUCCAGAAUCAGCAGAAUUGAUGAGACUGCUAACAAGAUUCGCAGGAUAUGGUGUGCAUGGUUGGGAAUGGGCGAUUCUGAUUCCAGAAACAUCCUGCUAACAAUGGCAAUGUGUGAUUUUGGUGUUGUUAAUUUUUCAUACUGUUAUGACUUAGGCAGACCUGGUGGCUGGGAUGAUGCAGACUCAUCACUGUCAUAUGGGUCUCAGUUGGAAAUUGAAAAUCUUGGUAGUCCAAGGAAACUAAGAAAAUCUCUUCCUGAUUCUGAUGAGUUCACAGAAGGUUUGAGGGAUCGGUGUGGUUCAUCUUGUGAUGAUAGUGCGGGUUUAAAAUGUGAAAAUGGCAAAUCUGCAGUUUAUGACAUUGAAAAGAUCAAAUGCUUGGCAACUGUAUCCAACAGGAAUUUUAGGCGAGAGUUAAGGAGGCAAAAACGAUUGGCAGCUGAAAGAAUGUGUGACAUCUGUGGGCAGCCUAUGCUUAUGUGCAAGGAUGUGGCAACAUUGCUAAAUCGCAAGACCUGGAACAUUGCAUGCAGCAGUAGAAACACCAACGGGGUGGGGAGAUUUUUUUUUUUUUUACAUGUUUGCCCUUUCAGGCUAAUGUGUCUGUCUAUGGUGGUGAUCUUUAAUAGUUUUUUCCCUAUUUUUAUGUGCAGGCGUUUCAUGUAUUUCACACCUCGUGCCUUAUACAUUGGAUCCUUCUUUGUGAGUCUGAAAUUUGGAAUCCAAAGUUACCUAACAAGAAAGCAAACCGUGGGCGCAAGGGGAAGAAGGCUGCUAAGGCAUAUAUGUCUUCUGUACUCUGUCCAGAAUGUCAGGGGACUGGUAUAAUUACUGAGGAAGAUCAUCUCGAGAAACCAUCGAUCCCCCUUUCUCAGGUUUUUCUCAGCCAAUCACUAUCACGUUUUCCCCUCUAACAGUUAAUUUCUCAUCUUCAUUCAAUGGUAACAUAACCAUGCGUCUGUCCUGGGUAAUGCUUUCAGAUGUUCCAGUAUAAGCUAAAAGCAAUCGAAUCACACAAGGCCUGGAUGAAAAAUCCUGAAAUCUUGGAACAUUGUUCAACUGGACUCUCUUUCUCCUCUAAGUCCGAAGAAAACUUUGAGGUUACCCCUUUGUCCUUGUGUGUAAAAAUUUCGCAUAUCUGCUGGAGGUUAUUGAUUGCUUUGUGGCUUUUCGUUCUGCAGGAGCAGAUAUUGCCUGUGAAAUUAUUGCAUUUCUAUCGGGCUUGCUAG